AUGCAGCCUCUGGAUCCUCAGGCCCAGGCCCAGGGGCUCGUUGACGACGACCGAGUUGCCGAGGAGGAGCAUGGACAGUUCCCCAUUGAAUAUCAUUCGCGUUUAACAGGACCGAGCUCCCCUGGGUCGUAUGGCUCCAGUAUUCGCGCUUCGACCGCCUGGAGACGAGCUGCCAUGUCAAACAAACCCAUAAACAACCAUUUAUCAGAAACAUCACCUCUCCGUCUUUCCUCAGCGGCUCUUAGCACUCCCACCGUUCCGCAGUUGAUACCUCGCUCAAAUCCUCCUGUCUCUCCUCUUACUUUUGCCUCCCCUUCGGCAGCCCAUUACCUUCCCAGCUCUUCUGUACGAAAUCGCGAUUCCGGAUCCCAUGUAGAACUUACUUCUCCUAAGCUCCAGUCACCUCUGCGCCAUUCCAUCAACUUGAACAACAGCAGCCUCGACGCUGAAUCACAACACUACCGCAUCUCCAGUGAUAAACCUAGGGCUCAGUCAGUCGAUAUGUCAUUCACGGGCGAUAAGAGACCUAGUGCGAGCAGAACUCGAUCAAGUCUGCCUGCUGUUGUAGAGGAGCCUUCUCGAAAUCGAUUCCCGACUUGGUUCUCUCGUCCAAACGCACCAACACCCUUAUCAACAACUGUUCCGGAACGCCGGCGUAGCACAUCAUCUGCGUCUAAGGCAUCAACGCCAACUUCAGCGCGCUUCAAUUUCUUUGGUUCUUUAACCGCUUCUUCAACUGCCUCUCCCUUAGAGGAGCAAAACGACGCCCUUAUGAAUUUGGACAUCGAAAAGGGUCUUUUCCCAAACGGUGUUCCUGUCGAAGGAACGGCAUUCUCACCGUCCGCCUUUAAGAAUCUUCAGAUGAACGCCACUGGUUUACUCAGCAAGUUCCAAGCUGCCUAUGAGCAACGUACGGCAGAGUUUCGGGAGCUCCAAGCUGAGCGUGAUAUUCAUGAAUUCAACAAGAGCGAGGCUGAAUCCAAGGUCGAGCAGCUCGAGAAGCAGCUCGAGGAACAAACUACCAUCAUGGCAGAGCGUGAUGCCAUGAUUGAAUAUCUGCUUAACCAGCUAGCCCACGAGAAGGAACGAACGGAUGCCACUUCAAACGGCGAAAAAGAGAAUAUCAACUCAGCAGCUUCGAUCGUUUCAGAGGACCUGGGUAUUGACGAGGAUCGACUGAGACGCUGGCGAAAGAGCACAUCAACAUCAUCUGACGACGAAAGUGUGGACGAAGUCAGCGUCUUUUCUCGAUCACGGAGCCCAACCUUCUCCACCACUAUAUCGGAGAUUAGUCCUGUCACAGCUUCCGCAUCUCAGGCCAAGCCAGCUACUCUCGAACCCCCUCGCGCGGCACGGAACAGUGUUCCUCAGAUGAGCCCAUUCCAAAAACUCAUCCGAGGUAUUUCCACUGAAAAGCCUAAACCUACCACCACCACGUCCUGUCUCAACUGCCAGGGACAAAACGCCAGCAUGGCUUGGAACACUGUAAAUCUUCUCAAGGAUGAAAACAAGGGACUCAAAGAUAGAGUGGAAGAGUUGGAAACCGCAGUUGAGGGUGCUCUUGAUGCUGUCAAUGGCAUUGGCUUAUGA